AUGUUUCACGUUCGAAUCCUAGCACCUAUAACAUCCUUACCAGCGGGUUUAGUAUCGGGUGAACCCUCAACCAGCUAUAGACUUCAGUCUUCAAAGGAUACGCUGCAGUCAGCUUAUCAUAUUACCCGCCACGUGGAAGACGCAUCGCCUCCAGAAGUAUAUUCCCUUAUGUACAAUACGGAGAUCAUAGAUCCAAUUCCCGAGACCAGACCCUUCGCUGGCCCGAUAUAUACCUACACCUUAAUCGCACCCGCAAGAUCCGCUGACUCGCACCCGAUCCGUCGCCCCGGUCCCUAUUACUACGACGCCUUCCCGGAUUCCCAAGGCAUUGCCUCGUCUCUGAGACGGUCAGCUGGUUCGAGCCCUAGGGUUCGCGGUUCGGCCGAGUUUAUGUGGAGCCCGAACUCGACUUCCUCCCGGACGAAGGGCCGACAGGCUCCUGCUGGUCGAUGCACGUGGGCGCAGGGCCGCCGAGUGUGGUUUAGUAUAGACAUUUAUCCUAGCGGAGAUCUCGGGGUGCAGGUAGAUCCUGGGCUCGCUGGCUAG